AUGUCGGUCAAAUUCGAGAAGGAGACGACGACUAAGGCGACGGCCGCCGUUGCCGAUGCUGCGAGCAAAGUCAAGGAUGGCGACCUCAUGCACGAGCUCGGCCAGGCCCUCACCAAAGGCGGCGGUCCCAAUGGAUAUCUCGCUGCCUACCUGAAGCAGCUGCAGAGCAACCCAUUGCGCACCAAGAUGCUGACAUCGGGCACCCUCUCUGGUCUCCAAGAGUUCCUCGCAUCGUGGAUCGCCCACGACAGGAGCAAGUCGGGCCACUACUUCACCUCGCGUGUUCCCAAGAUGGCCAUCUACGGUGCCUUGAUCAGCGCGCCCCUUGGACACGUCUUGAUUAGCGCUCUCCAGAAGGUCUUCCAGGGGCGCAAGAGCUUGAAGGCCAAGGUCCUGCAGAUUCUCUUCAGCAACUUGAUCAUCUCGCCCAUCCAGAACAGCGUCUACCUCGUCUCCAUGGCCCUUAUCGCGGGCGCGCGCACCUUCCACCAAGUCAAGGCGACCGUCAGGGCCGGUUUCUGGCCUGUCAUGAAGGUCAGCUGGAUCGUCUCGCCCAUCUCGCUGGCAUUCGCCCAGCAGUUCCUGCCCGAGACCACCUGGGUGCCUUUCUUUAACAUUGUCGGUUUCAUCAUCGGCACCUACAUCAACGCGCACACCAAGAAGAAGAGGUUAGCCGCUCUCAGGCGAAAGCACUACGGCGACGGCAGCGGCAGGAGUGUGGGUCCCAGUUCGCGCCCUGGCUCGCGCCCUGGUUCGCGUCCUGGCUCCGUCAGCGGAAGGCCUGUCGACGAGUACGGUCGUCCUGACGACCGCCCACGCUACUAA